CAUUCUGAUAUUCCUUUGUUCCUUGAGGCGCACCGCUCGACUCCCCGCUCGACGCUUGCUUCCUGGAGGCUGACACGGACUCCGAAGUCGACGCCGUCGCUCGCACUCCUUCGACAGGACCCAGAGAACCUUCGCCAUGGGCAUUCUUCUGUCUCGGAUCCUCAGCCUGAUCCAGAGCUCCCGGUCCUGCAGGAUUCUCAUGGUCGGCCUGGACGCCGCAGGGAAGACCACGAUCCUCUACAAGCUAAAGUUGGGCGAAGUUGUGUCCACGAUUCCCACCAUCGGCUUCAACGUGGAGACCGUCGAGUACAAGAACAUCAGCUUCACGGUGUGGGACGUGGGCGGCCAGGCGAAACUGCGGCCUCUGUGGAGACACUAUUACCAGAACACCACCGCCGUCGUCUACGUGGUGGACAGCAGCGACAACGAGAGGCUGCAGGAGGCCAGAGAGGAGCUGGAGGCCAUCCUGGAGAGCGAGGAGGUGGCAGGGGUUCCCUUGCUGGUGAUUGCCAACAAGCAGGACCUUCCCGGGGCGCUGUCCGUGCAGCAGGUGAGCGAGGGCCUCGACCUGCAGCGGCACAACCGGCCCUGGCACGUGCAACCCACGUGCGCGAUCACGUCGGAGGGAGUGUACGAGGCCCUGGAUUGGCUGGCCAGGGAGGUGGCCAAGUGAGGCUGGCCAGGGAGGCCAAGCGAGGGAAGAAGGAAUCGCGGAGGAAGACGUGAACAUCAGGGGUCACACGGUACACGACUGGGCAGCGGAAAAGACACGGCCUAAGGAUUCGAACAUUUGAGAAGAUUCGAACACUGGUCAAGUCAAACUUGAAGAGACCUGCAAAGUCACAAAUGAACAUCCUCAUUCUAUGAGGUCAGAAAUGAUACAAAUCUUAAAAGGAAAAGUUAAAAACUAAGACUAAGAUACUUUUCUCUUUUUUCUAAUUAAUCGUGGCACACAUUUCCAAAAUCACGAAAUGAAUAAUCUGUAAAUAAAGACGCAUAGUGAGGAUAUAAACAUUUCUGAAGCAAUUCGCACUUGGCAUUCUGCACUCAUCUCCCAGAGCAAUCUGAGAUAUUAGCACAAAGUAAUUUCUGUCCCUAUGGUUGUUUGGAUGAAAUAUGAUCAUAUAUAUACUUA